GCUCACAUCUGUGGUUUACUUUUCUGACAAUUUGAUAAUUAAAAUUUUUCUUUAUUUCUUGACACAACGUAGUUCCUCGUCGUCGUAUGUAAUUGCAAUUUAGUGAGUCAACGCAACAAUGGUUAAAAAAAAGAGACAAAGUGACCCAACCGAGAAUGGCGAUGAUUCCACUGAAUCUUGUGAUGAAAAUGUCAAGUCCGCAUGUCCUCACGUCGCCAAAGCUGUCCUCCUCACACGGCUGAAGAAGACAUUGAAAAUCGGUGGACUUGAGAAAGAAUGCCCUGACUGUAAAGCGAGUUCGAAAACCGAGGUUUCUGACCCUGAUUUCGAGGAAGAUCUGACUCUGUGGAUGUGUUUACGCUGUGGAUCGCAAUUAUGCGGACGAGCGCGCAACCAGCACGCUCUCAAUCAUUACAAUAAGUUGCACUCAGACCCUCACUCCCUUGCUGCCAACACCACCACUUGGGAAGUUUACUGUUACGACUGCAACAAUGAAGUAAUAGCAUCGGGCUCUAAAAAACUUCAUGAAUGCAUAGAGUAUCUCAAAAAGCAUGCUGUGGUUGGUGGCAAUUCAAAAUCAUUACCACCUAUAGAGUUGCCAUUUGAUAGUAGACCAAAGGUAGAAUUAGUAUUACCUGUGGAACCUGUUUUAAAUUCAGAAACAUUAUUAAAGUCAGAGUCUCUACUACCUACAGAUUUCAGAUUUAAACCUGAGAAACUUAAAGACAAAGCAAUGGGAUAUACCCUGCCCAGAGUGAGAGGGCUUUCAAAUUUAGGUAAUACAUGUUUCUUUAACUCGGUAAUGCAGUGUUUGGUGCAAACACCUUAUUUAUUGCAAGUGUUAAGAGAGAUGGCCGCACCGGGCGAGAGGUUUACACUGCCAGGUGGAAAGUUAAAAGUCAAAGGAGAUGGCGACGAAAUUAAGGAAUUGGACCUGCCCCCCAUAACUGGACAAUUAGCAGAAUGGGGCAACUUAACACGGACACUAGCUGAAACACUGGCUGAUUUGCAAACAGGUGACGGUGGCGUGUACAACCCUCGGAGACUGUUGUCUGCGCUGGUGAACAAGCUGCCACAAUUCGAUGGUGGGGACCAGCAUGAUGCACAUGAACUGCUACGGCAUCUGCUUGAAGCUGUUAGAUCAGAGGACCUUCGUCGUUACCAGUCUGUGAUUCUGAGCAGCCUAGGAAUGAAUUCCAAGGUGGACCCGGCGAAAGUGGAUGGUGAGGUCAAGCAGAAGGUCAAGUUUUAUGGUCAACAGGCCUCCGACACGAUGUUACGACCGGAACAGGUGUUCCGUGGCUUCCUUGUGUCUACCCUGGAGUGUCAGGACUGCUACAAUCACUCGGACCGCGCGGAGUACUUCCUGGAUCUGUCUCUCCCGGUAGCGGCCAGCAGACCUCAACCACCCGCUCUCGUCAGGAGGAAAGCGCCCAAUGAGGAAAAUAAUUACAAUGUGCAAGACGAUAAUAAACCGUCGAAACAGCAGAUGAAGAAGGAGAGAAACGCUGCAAGGAAAGCUGCGCGCAAAAAUAAAGGUAAUGCUACAUCCAAAGAAGAAAAUGCCAGUGCCGAAACCAACGGCGCUGAUAAGGAGGAUGGUAAGUCUUCCUCAGAACAAUCUGACGCUGACGUGGAAGAUAACCUCGAGGACGUGCCUCGGCAACCUGAGAACCACGUAACGACAGCGCCAGCCGUCGCUCAAACCGCCGCAAACUUCGCCGCCACCUACAUGGAGUCACCCUACGAACCUGACAAAACCUUAGCAUUUUCUAAUUCAUUUAAUAGUCCUGUGAUGGAUAAAGAGAAAACGGAUAAUACUCCCGAAAACAUCAAUAAGGACGGAGUCGAAUUUGCUGACUCAUCCACGUCAACCUUGGCUACACCAUUAGACCACAAACCCCUAAUAUCAUUAGAAAACUUAUCGAAUCCGGACUCGGGUGUGGCGAGCCCAGAAGCCACAAAACACAACUCUACGGAGACAGUCGAUAAUGUCGAUUCUCCCAUAAACGGCAAGGAGCUCGGCAGCCAUAGUUCACUAUCGAGCGAGAUCAAUCUGGACCUCUCGAGUCCGCAGGACAACAACCUGUCCCCAGUGAAGAAUGAAUUCGAAAGGCCUGUAUCGAGGAGAUCGGAACUGGAGAGACCACCUUCUAGGAGAUCACUAACCACAGAGUACUCAAAUGAAGUGGUAUCUAGAGGAAUCAGCGUGAAAGGAUGCAAGAACGUAUUAGAACAUAGCGGCGAGAGCAGCUACGAGUCGUUGCCGGAGAAUAAAAAUCAGGACGCCGCCAUGAACGAUUUGAACACGUACUACCAAAAUAUCGCAGACAAGGUGGACGAGCUGAAACUCAUAAUAGACGACGGUAAAAGCAAAAAGAGCACUCAAACAUCUCCCGUGUCCACGGACACCAUCCCUGAGCCGCCGCCGGCGCCGCGCCCCAAAGUCUAUAAUGUAGAAAUAGAGAAGACUCUUCAGAAAGACUACUUGCCGUACUCGCGGCAGAGUCCGUCCUCACCGCGGUACGUGUGCGACGAGGACGAGUGCAGCAUCCAGUCGUGUCUCAGCCAGUUCACAGCGCUGGAGCUCCUCACGGGCAAUAACAAAGUGGGCUGCGAGAAUUGUACGGAGAGAUUCAACGGCAAAGACGGCAAGACGGUGUACACGAAUGCCACCAAGCGAUUCCUGGUAUCGAGUCCGCCCGCGAUCCUCAUAUUGCACCUCAAGAGGUUCCAGCUGGGCCCGCGGUGCAUGUUCAGGAAGAUGUCGAAACACGUGGACUUCCCGACGAUAUUGGACCUGGCGCCGUUCUGCGCCAUGGAUAAGCUAAAGAAGUUGCCGAACGUGACCCGCGGACAGAACGAGCUGCUGUACUCGCUGUACGGCGUGGUGGAACACUCGGGCGGCAUGCACGGCGGCCACUACGUGGCGUACGUGAAGGUGCGGCAGGCCAUCCGGUCGGCCGACCCGCGCUGGUGGUUCCUGCCCAAGAGCGCCAACAUCCCGGCCGCCGCGGCCAACGGCGACGGGGACGCCGACUCGGAGUCCGACCUGUCCGGGUACGAGUCCGGGGAGGGGCCCACCUCCGCCGCGGAACCGCCAUCCGGCAAAUGGUACUACGUUUCGGACAGCAUGGUGACGGAAGUCAGCGAGGAUAAAGUCUUAAAUGCGCAGGCGUAUCUACUGUUUUACGAGAGGAUUUAUUGAGCAGGCGUCGAGUCCGCGUCUCCUGUGACCCGGACCGUUGGGUGGCAGCAGACCGAGAGGCCUAACCGUUUUAUUUUGAGGAGUGGCAUUUAAGUGGAAGACUGAAGCUUAGAAUGGAAUAUACGUAUGUAGGUUCGCAUGAUUUACAUGUUUUCGCAGCUCUGUAAAUAGCUUAAAUUUUUCUUGGCUUUUUUAUUUUUAAAACUAAUCUAUGAUUUAAGCGCUCAAUCCUAAAGCUGCGCUGUCAUGAAAUUCCUAUUUUCUAUCGGUCAACACACUGCAGAAAUUAUAAUAUUACUGAAUUAAUUCACCGUUCAAUUAAUUGAAUUUGUUCAUAAGUGCAUAUUAAAAAAGAAAUCUUGGUAACAAUUGAAUAUGUGAACAGAACGAUAUAUAAUAAACGAUGUAAAAAUAUUUCAAAUUAUUUAUUUACACAGUUUUAUUUUUACUUUAUUCACUAGGAAGCCUGAGCACAGGUAAAACUUUAUGGCUUUUAUUAAGAAAAUUUGCAUUUACCGCGUUAUUUAUCGGAGCUGUAACAUUAGACGAUAAUUUAUAAUCGUGUUAAAAAUGUAUUUUCUAGUUCAUUUAGUUAAUUCUCAUCUAAUUUAUAAUUAAAUUCAAUUUUUAUAAGUUUAAAUGUAACACGCGGUAUGUACAAUUUGGUUUGUUUUAAUGUAUUUAUUUGUUUAAACCAAUAAUAUUAAGUUUGUUGUGAUUUACCAUGCGUCAGCGGUUGGUGGUCUUCCAGACUAUGUCAAUAAUGUAAUGUAGGCCAUUUUGUAGGAUACACUUGAAUCUAGAACGCCUGUUGUCGAAUAGAAAGUUCUAGGCUCCUCAAGUAGACUUGCACGUUACGUUCACGUUUCAAAGGCAAUGUAAAAUAGUAUUUUAUAACAUAUAGAAAAACGACAGAACCUCAAUCCAUUACCUCCAUUAACGUCCAGUUAGACUUUUCACGGUAGUUUCCUUAAGAGGUUAUUAAUACAAACAAAUUUAAAAGACGUUAGUAGAGAUCUAAUUUCAUUAAUCAUAACUUAUCUCCUACAUUACGGAUCUGUAGACUUUUAACUCCUUAAACAAAUCCAUCCAAUUUCGCGCGGAAACGAUUCUGUUAUGUCACUCCUUUAGAUCAUUUUUCCACAUGCCGUUAUGCAUAUAGAUGUAAUAUAAUGUAGCAUACCGAUCUGUAUUCUAACUGUAAACAAAUAAAGACCAUUUUAUAUCUCUAAAGUGAUUGUAUGUUUUUAAAUUUGGUGUCAUUCCCCACGUGACUGAUAGAUGAUUCCCUCAAACCGUUGCCAGUUUCUUACUUAGACAUUCGCUUUUAUAAAAAAGACAUCACAUUUAAUCAGCGACCGAAUAUAUUAUUUAUCAUUUAUGUAUGGGAGUUAACCCUCAAUACGAUUUUUUUCUACUCCGACAAAAUCCUCAUUGGAUAUAGGUUUAACGGGUUAGACUACAAACCUCACGACUUGCAAUAGAUAUUUCUCACUUCCGGGUGAUAAAAACACUGAUAACGAAUAAAAUUAUGCCAAAAGAUGGCUGUAGUCUCUGACCCUCGGCCAUAUUGGAUUUAUGUAACAUGUAUGCUGAGAUUUGCGUAAAAUACUACCCGCGGAAAAUAUUAAUACGAAUAAACUUUUGUCGCCUUAUGAAAACGGCUACUAAUCCUAUUUUGCCUAUAGAAUAGUUAUGUCCUUUUCUUUAGAACUAUUUUUUAGUUAGAACGAGCGGGACAAAACAGUUAUAGUGGGAUUGUAAAAGGUUUUUGUUAUUAUGAAAAUGGGGUUAGGAUAUUAGAUUCAUUGAAUUAUGUCGAUGAUCUCUUAUCUAUGGUGCUAUACAUUUUGAAUCAAUUCACCUCAAAUAAUAAUAUUACCUCAGUUAUUUGAUUCAACCGUAAUAUGCCUUAAAUAUAAGGCAUAUCGUAAAUAUAGGCCUUAAAUAUAGUAUUGUGUUAUCUCCACAAAUACACAGGUUAUAGUAAAUCACUGUAUUUCGCUUAUAGAAGAUUUUACUUAUGGAAGAGAAUGGGUUUCACUCAUGGGCGAAAAAAGGUUUCACUUAUGGGAGAGAUAGGGUUUCCCUUAUGGGAGAUAAAGGGUUUCACUUAAGGGAGAGCAGGGCUUUAUUU